AUGCCACGCAUUCUCGCAGAUGAAUCGCAAGGAUUUCUUACUCAACGGAUGUAUUCGAAUGAGAGUCGCGGUGACACAACGGUGCCUACGAGUUUGGAUGCACAACUUCGUGAAUGGCAAAUUGCCAAGCCACUGCGGAGUGCGUUGCAGGGAACACCAUUUCAUUUCUCGCAACUCACAGAUGUACAGAAUCGAGUGCUGUCUUUACUACCAGCUAUAGCUGAAGGGGCAAAUGUGUUGCCAGAUGGCAAAAGCCGUGACGUUCUUUGCAAAGCGCGCACCGGCACAGGAAAGACGGUGGCGUUUCUCGUGCCGGCAAUCCAGGCACGCAUCCAUGCUGUGCAGCAGCUGGAGCAAGGACACGCGUCGCCUUCAUUUCGUGCGUUCUUAGAACAGAAUGGCCUGCUUUCGCUACUAGAAAAGCGUGAUCGAGCGUCUGUGCACGAACUGAAGCGUUUGUUUCGACGACGCUCGGCUGGGGUCUUGGUUGUGUCGCCCACGCGGGAACUAGCCAUGCAAAUUGCGAAUGAAGCAAAAAAACUCGUAAGCCAAGCCAAGCAUUUGUAUGUACACACACUCGUUGGCGGUGUGAGUGUGAUUCCCCAGCGCAAGCAGUGGGAACGCUACGAGCCAGACAUUGUUGUGGGGACACCAGGGCGUCUCUUGGACCUGAUGAACAACCGCAGUGUGCGGGAUGCUUUUUCUCGGACGCAGACACUUGUUCUCGAUGAAGCAGACAUGCUGCUUGAGCUCGGCUUCCGCGAAGACAUUCAGACGAUCAUCUCCGGCUUGCCACCCGUGGAAGAGCGCACUACUUUCCUCUUCAGUGCAACAAUGGACCGCAGCAUUAUGGGCAUCGCUGAAGCAUCGCUCCAUGAGCAAUACCGACUCAUUGACUGCAUUCCUCCCGGAGAAGACCAAGUGCACAAGCGCAUCCCUCAAUAUGUGACGACGAUCCAAGAUCCAUCGGAGCUUGUCCCGUAUGUCAUGCAGCUCCUUGCACAAGACCAGCGAAUCCAUGGAAACCGGUCGAAGGUUAUGAUCUUCACGUCGACCACGAAGCUCACUGACAUGAUGUACCACAUGAUCCAUAUGCUAGCGCCCACGCUGCCGGGCUCGUCCGACACGCGUGUGUUCCGGCUGCACAGCCUGCUAUCACAAGCGCGACGGUCCAAAAUCAGCCAGGAGUUCCGGCACUCCGAUGCGAAGCCGAGUGUUCUGCUGACGAGUGACGUCAGUGCGCGUGGCGUCGACUAUCCAUCCGUGACGCGUGUCAUCCAGCUAGGCGUGCCUCCCUCGAAGGAAAUGUAUGUGCACCGCGUAGGGCGGACGGGGCGCCGUGGACGUGAUGGACGUGCCGACUUGGUCGUGACAGACUUUGAGUCCGCCUUUGUCGCCUUCCAGCUGAAUGAGAUGCCCCUCCAACCACUUGCGCUGACUGACGAACCCGAGCCGGAGUUGGAUCAAGAUGCUUUGCGCACGUCUAUAGCGCAUGCUCAGGAGCGCCUGCGUCAGAACAAGGAGGGCGUACGUGACGUGUUUUCUGGCUUAUUUGGCUACUACAUAUCGAAUCAACAAGCGCUGCGCGUGCCGCCAGCUCACAUUUUGCACUCCGUGCAGCGGUGGAUCCAAGGCGUCCUGGCGCUGCCGACAGCGCCCGAGCCUAAUCGAUCGAUUAUGCACAUGGUUCAUGCCUCGUCGACGAAGUUUGGCAGUGGGCCUCGGCCAGCGGAGCGGCCAGCCGGUCGGUCGCUCUGGCGGUCCAAGUCGGCCUACUCGCGCCCACCCAAACAUAUCCGGCAGCAAUACGCACGUGACUAA